AUGGCAAUGUCACGACUUCUCUCCCGAUCGGCAGUUCGGGCUGCCUCUACUUCAACUUCCGCUCAAACAACCAAGGCGGCGGGAGAUAUUUCAAGCGUUUUCCCUAGUUUGAGACCAGAUUACAAACCAGAGCCUCUGCCACCGCGCUUCAAGGAUCUAAAGUUACAAUACUUCGAGAAGAAUGAAGAAGCCCUGAAGCAAAGCUGGAAGAGACUACUCUCCAGCUUAGAAGAGGAAGUUGAUAAGAUCAAGUCAAAAGGAAGCGAUAUCAUUCCUUCCGUGGAUUAUGCGGACGUGGUUUCUGGAAAUGUACCAGAGAAGGUCCUUGCGGAAAUCCGUCACCGCGGAAGCGUAGUAAUCAGAAAUGUGUUACCUCGUGGAAUGGCUAGAGAGUACAAGGAGCGCAUUGAGGACUAUGUUGCUGCCAACAAAGAGCGUGUGAAGGCUUUCCCACCAGAUUCACCUGCAGUAUAUGAGUUAUAUUGGACUCAAUCACAGGCAGAAGCCCGGGCGCACCCUAACAUGCUUGAUACACAGCGCUUCUUGCAGCGUUUGUGGCAUUCAUCUGACCCUAAAACGAAAAUUUCUACCCGAAACCCUCUCACAUACGCUGAUCGACUCCGGAUCCGGAUGCCUGGUGAUUCCAAGUUCACCCUUGGUCCCCAUAUCGAUGGUGGCUCGCUCGAACGGUGGGAAGAUCCUGAGUAUUCCCGGGUUUACACCAAGAUCCUCGAGGGUAAAUGGGAAGAAUACGACCCAUGGGAUGCAAAGCAUCGCGUCUCGGCCAAGAUGGAUUUGUACAACGGUGCUGGCGCCUGCUCCAUGCUGAGGUUCUUCCAAGGAUGGCUUUCCAUGUCCCAAACAGCCCCAGGCGAGGGCUCACUGCAUGUGUGCCCCAUGGUUGUUCACAGCACCGCCUAUACCAUUCUCAGGCCAUUCUUUGACACUCAAUCGCUGCAGCCCGCAUUGGAUGCCACUUUCCCUGGAUCUGUCCCUGGAGCUUGCCAAGAAUACAACCCCGUCACCCAUCCACACCUGGAGCUGGAAAGCACUAUGGUGUCGGUGCCUGAGGUCGGACCUGGUGACUACGUUGCUUGGCACUGUGAUUCUCUGCACUCUGUUGAUAAGGAACAUCAGGGCAAAGGAGACUCGAGUGUACUCUAUAUCCCGGCCACUCCUAUGUGUGACAUGAAUGUGGAUUAUCUGCUCAAACAACGUCAGGCAGCUCAAACUUACUCCCCGCCCUGGGACUUCCCAGGUGCUGGUGGUCCCGGCGAGAGCGGCUUUAAGGGUGCACUUGACUGGAACUCGCUCAACCCCGAGGGUUUGCGUGCUAUGGGCCUAGGCAAUAAGCUAUGGGACAUUACCCCUGACAUGAGUGAGGGCGAAAAACAGGUUGUUAAAGCUGCUAACAAGGCAUGCUUUGGUCAGCCAUGA